UAUAUUGCAUGCCCUCUCCCCUCUCAAGCAUAUAUUUCUUGCUCCCUCACAAGACUCUCUCAUACAUAUCUCUCCUUCUUCUCCACAACCAAAAUUCACAAGCAAAGAGUUUUAACCACUCCUCAUGGCAGUUGAAACUCCUCAUAUGAGCCUCAAUUUCCCUUCACAACUUAUCAUAAACAGGGAUCUUGUGAAAGCAAAUCAAGCAAACAUGAAUUUAUACAACACCCAGAUGGAUUCUGGCCUUGUUUUCAAUGAACCAGUGCCUGAAACACUCAUGUCGUUCUAUCAGUCUUCUCUUGGUUGUGACCCAAUUUCUGCUGCUAAGGCAUCUAAUAAAGAUGAUAGUAGUCUCACCUACAAUGUUCCUGCUGUUGCUGCUCCAAGAAAGAGGGCUAGAGACUCGAUCAAUGAUGACAACUUUGAUGCUUUUCAUGCCUCUCAAAAGACCAAAGUCUCUCCUUUAUCUUCUUUUAUUGAUCACGAUAUCCUCUUUCAGAUCCAACAACAGCAAUCUGAAAUCGACCGUUUCAUUGAUGAUCAUAAUCAGAAAGUUAGAAUGGAACUUGAAGAGAGGAAAAAGAGGCAAUCAAGAAUGUUGGUAUCAGCAAUACAAGAAGGAAUGAUUAAGAAAGUGAAAGAGAAAGACGAAGAGAUUCAAAGAAUGGGAAAAAUAAACUGGUUUCUUCAAGAAAAAGCGAAGAGUUUAUACGUAGAGAAUCAAAUUUGGAGGGAUUUAGCACAAGCCAAUGAGGCCACAGCAAAUUCAUUACGGAGCAAUUUAGAACAAGUCUUGGCGCACGCAAGUGGUGGCGCUGCCACUCUGGCAGAUGAUGCAGAAUCCAGUUGCUGUGGAAGUAGUGAUCAUGGGAGGUGCACGUUAGCUGGUGGAGAAGAGGGUGCGGUGAAGGAUAAGAUGGUAGUGGUUAAGGAUAAUCUUAACCACAACAGGAUGUGUAGAAAGUGUGGGGAGAGGGAGUCAAGUGUGCUGCUGCUGCCGUGCAGGCAUCUUUGCCUGUGUACAUUAUGUGGGUCCAAUCUGAUUGGUUCUUGCCCAGUAUGUGAUUCUGUCAUGACUGCUAGUGUCCAUGUUAACAUGUCUUGAUGACUAAUUGUAGUCACUCUCGGUAAAAACAUGAAGAUAAUUCAGAAAGAAGAAAAACAUUAUAUGUAGUUCAUAGGAAUUUUUUCAUUGUUUCA